UACCGUAUAGCGCGAAAUUUUCGAGGGGCUUAAUUUUCGUGGAUUUCGUGGGUUAGCAAUCCUACACGAAAAUUAAGUCCACGAAAAUCGUUCUUUACCUGCUAUAACGUGCAAGAUUUAAAGGCGUGGCUUCCGGUAAGCAGUCAUUCCGCGAACAUUGUGCAACGAAAUGGCUUUUAGAGGCCAAUCCACGAAAUAUAAGUGCCUCGAAAAUUUCGCGCUAUACGGUAUAUAGGAUGUACAAUAAGGGUUUUUUUUCGAGCAGUCAUACACGUAAUAGGUCACCACAUUUACUAGCAAGCACACAAGUUCAUGCUUCUCAUAGAGAGAAGCCAUGGAGAUAGUUAACAACUGUUCUGACGGUGUCAACACACAAAGACAGAUCAGUGAAACAGGCAGAGAGAGUGAGAUUGUUGAAGAUGUUGCUUCAGAAACAAAUGUUGACGUCCAAGAAAAUCCUGCAUACAAUUUCAGAGCUAACAAUGCGAGUGUUGAGUGUGGGGAUGGGGGAGAGUACGAAGUGGCUAUGUACGGUUUCACCAAUAUCCCAAUCGAGCAAAAUCCUGCCUACAAAGUGCACAGUACCGGACGGUUGGAUGAGGUCAGUGACAGUGGUCAGUACGAAUUAGUCAUCCCUACGGAGUCAGCUACAAAUGUGAUUGUCCAACAAAACCAGGCUUACAACAUAAUUACUACACAGCCAGCAACUGAUUGUAAUUAUGAGGAGAUCCCAGAAAAUACAACCGAGCAAUUUUAUGAAGAGAUUCCUGUGCAACAAAACCAUUUGACACAAGUCCCUGGGAAAGUAGCGACACCUGUUCCGCUAUUGAAGGCUACCUGUAGCUUCUGGCAAGACAAAGCGAAAGUGGCUGUCAGAAUAACUAUCUUAAUGCUCGUAUCUCUACUGUUGGCACUAUUCAUUUCAUCUGAUGGUCUGGUUUUCACAGCUACAGUAAUUGAGUAUUCUUCAUUGCCACCUCUAACACUAAUCAUAGGGACAAUUUUUCUAACCCUUUUGCUUCUUGGAGUCAUCAUGGAAAUAGCACACCUCUACAUCAGGACAUGCAGGAGAAGAACAACCAAAUGUUUCCUCGCGUGGGACAUUAUAUACUCUUGCGUAACGAUCUUCUCCUCACUGGUGUUCCUCGGAGCAUCCAUUGGGCUAACUGUACUAUGGUCUACAAUCAAUCAUCUGGUGGAGGGAUACAUCUUUUUGAUCAUAAUCACGGUGCUGUGCUUCACACUUGCAGUCCUGUACCUGUUCAGGGCUUGCUGGAUUAUAGCGAUCAUUAAGAUCAAAUGAGAUCAAAGAAAUGGACCCCCCCCCCCCAGAACUUAACAUUGUAGCAAUAACACUACCUUCUUGAACACAUGCACACACUUCACACACUUAAUUAAUGGUUCUAUGCACAUUGACACAAUUAUGUAAGCUACCAUAUAUUUAU